GAUAAACUUGGGAUGAUUCCACCGCCGGCCGGCGAGUCAAAGUCAGUCUAUUUUUCUCCUUUGUUUUUCCACAAAAGCCCAUCCACUCUCUUUCUCCGAAUCCAGACAAAGCCUCAGCUGCCUUACAAGACUCUCUCUCUCUCAAACCCUCUCUGAAUAAUAUCUCACUCUCAGCUUCCUUCCACAAUUCAACUAAGCUUCUGUCGCCGGCGGAAUCGGCGCCGCCGUGAGGAUCAUAUUCUGAGGGUUGAGGUGUUAUCCGGAAAUGGAACCGCCGGAAAGUAUUACGUUGGAUGCUGCGGAGAAGAUAAUCUUGCGGUGGGACUCGACGGCGUCGGAGGAGACGAGAGAUCGGUUGAUCUUCGAAGGCGAUCGGCGGGAGGUGGAUCAGUAUUUGCAGGCCGUGGAUGAAAUCCAGCGGUCGAUGUCGGCGGCGACGAUUUCCGACGGUGACUGUAAAGUGAACAGCACUAUCCAGAUCGCCAUGGCGAGGCUGGAGGAUGAGUUUCGGAGCAUUCUGAUCAGCAACACCAGUCCGCUGGAGACUGAUUCGCUUAUCGAUUCAAGUUUUUCGACUCACUCGAGUUUGAUAACCGAACACAGUGGUGAAUUUGAAGAGUACCCGGAGGAUGAGCGUGUGCUGGGGCAAGUCGGAGAAUCACCAAAAGCAGGUGAGUCGAGUUCGAGAGCGAGCGCGAGUUAUCGAUCUACGAAUAGUAUUCGCGAGCUGGAUCUGAUUCCAGCUGAAGCAAUCGACGAUCUUCGAUGCAUAGCCGAGAGGAUGAUCUCUGCCGGAUAUCUCCGCGAGUGCGUUCAGGUGUACGGGAGCGUACGGAAGUCAGCUGUGGACUCGAGCUUUCGACGGCUCGGUGUCGAGAAUCUGAGCAUCGGCGAUAUCCAACGGCGGGAGUGGGAUGUGUUGGAGGUGAAGAUCAGGCGUUGGAUAAGAGCCGCUAAAGUGUGCGUGAGGAUUCUGUUUGCUAGCGAAAAGAGGCUUUGUGAGCAAAUCUUCAAAGGUCUAGACACCGCUAUCGAUGAUGCUUGCUUCAUAGAAACUGUUAAAGGUCCAGCAAUUCAACUCUUUAAAUUCGCUGAAGCGAUAAGCAUAAGUCGGAGAACGCCGGAGAAGUUGUUCAAGAUGCUGGACCUUCACGAUGCUUUAUUGGACCUGUUACCGGAUAUUGAUGCCGUUUUUGAAUCAGAAUUGUCAGAAUCUAUUCGAAUUCAGGCAGCUGAGAUCCUAUCACGCUUGGCGGAGGCAGCCAGAGGGAUAUUAUCGGAAUUUGAGAACGCUGUGCUCUCUGAGCCUUCGAAGGUUCCGGUUCCGGGUGGAACAAUUCACCCCUUGACUAGAUAUGUGAUGAAUUAUAUCAAUUUGAUAUCUGAUUACAAGCAAACCCUCAUUGAGCUUAUAGUAUCAAAGCCCUCAACCGGGUCAAGAUACUCCGGCGACCAGACUAUGCCAGAUAUGGAUUUUGCAGAGUUUGAGGGGCGAACUCCCUUGGCGCUUCAUUUGAUUUGGAUUAUUGUAAUUUUGCAAUUCAAUGUGGAGGGGAAGUCCAAGUGCUACAGAGAUAACGCUUUGGCUCAUUUGUUCAUUAUGAACAAUGUUCACUACAUUGUUCAGAAGGCCAAAGGGUCAGAGGAACUGCGGGAGAUUAUUGGUGAUGAUUACUUAAAGAAGUUAACAUGGAAAUACCAACAGGCGGCUACUAGCUACCAGAGAACAACUUGGGUGAGGGUGCUGUAUUGUUUGAGGGAUGAGGGGUUGCAUGUGAGUGGAAGUUUUUCCUCUGGGGUCUCAAAGAGUGCUUUGAGAGAGAGGUUCAAGGCCUUCAAUGCUAUGUUUGAGGAGGUUCAUAGGACCCAGGCAAUGUGGCAUGUGCCAGAUUCUCAGCUCCGGGAGGAGCUUCGGAUAUCUAUAACAGAGAAGUUGCUCCCAGCUUAUAGGUCAUUUCUUGGGCGGUUCAGGAGCCAUAUAGAGAGUGGAAGGCACCCAGAGAAUUACAUCAAGUACUCAGCAGACGAUUUAGAGACUGCUGUCUUGGACUUCUUUGAGGGAUACCCGGUCUCACAGCACUUGAGAAGGAGAUCUCAGUGAAGGAAUGAAAAGAAUUUUACAAAGUAGAAGCUAGGACACAUUCUUUGAAUUUUUGAUGGGAGUAUGUGGGCAAUGUGGUGCUGGUUACUCUGGGAUUUCCUGGGCAUUCAGAUUCUUACACUAUUUUGUUAUCAGAAAACAGGGGGAAGAGAGGAAGAUGGCUAAAAGUGGCUUGCUUUCUUGAGCAUUUUUAUGCAUUUUCCUAUCCUUUCCUUUUCCUCAAUCUCUCUGGGACUUAACUUGAGGGUCGUGGCUAAGAAGAAAUGAAGGGAUUGGAUCGUCAUAUUUAGCUUUCCAGAAUAGCCAUGCCUAUCAGCCUGAUGCUCCUGCCCUGUAAGCAUGUUGUUUGAUUUGUUACUACAUUCUAGAUUUUGUUUCACUUGUUCAUAUGUGAAUUGUUGGAUUGUGUGUUUUCCUUUAUUGUUUAUGAUAUUUAUAAGCAAUUUUCUUCUCUAA